AUGGGGGAAUUGUCUGAAUUUGCGCCGUACGACGACAGUUGCGAACCCCUUGCUACCGAGGAAGAAGCCGCGGACUACAACGAAAGAGUUCAUCGCGAAGAAGAAAAGGAACAACAGUUUCAACGAAGAUAUUCGGGAGAGGUGCCAGCGAAUGAAUGGUAUGGUAUUAUCAUGGAAUGUAGAUUUAUAUUUUUAUUUUCCAGUUUCAACAUACCCGUCGUUAAAUCGUGCGCGUCACGAACGCGACUGUGUGUUUUGUUUAAGUUUACAAUUUCGUUGCUAUGUGAUUAGCUGUAGUCCUGAUUUUAUGCUAUAG